UGCUGGGGGAGGGGACUAGGGUCGAGAAGCUGCUGUGGUCGCUGCCGGGAGACGUUAGCCGCUGUCCCUGCGGGCCGAGGGACCCUCCCCCGGACAUCCCACCCCCAUCCCCCCGGGCGGACGGCGACGAGGGCCGUGUGGCCGCCGCGCGUCCCUGUGCUCGUCCUCUCUCCUGUCCACGGGCGCGCGGCGUCCGCCAUGGAAGCACAUCCGGCUGUCGCCGGGGUCUCAGGGCGCCGCGUCCCCGGCUCCCCGGAGCGAUGAGGGGGUAGGGGCGCCCUGCGUCGCGCCUUGCCGCGCGCUCCGCGGGCCGGGGAGCAAAGGAGGGUCCGCCGGGCGGGCCGGCCGCGGUGCACGCCCCCGCACCGCCCCGCUCCGCCCCCGGGGGGCGCUGCCGAGGGGCGCCCGCCGCUCCUGUCGCCCCGGCGCCCGCCGCUGAAGCGCAGCACGCGCCACCGGCCCGCCCGCGCCCGCCGCUCCGCAGCCAGGCGCCGACCGCCGUCCUCCCCCCAAGAUGUGGCACAACGUCGGGCUGACCCUGCUGGUGUUCGUGGCCACGCUGCUGAUCGUGCUGCUGCUGAUGGUGUGCGGUUGGUAUUUUGUAUGGCACCUUUUUUUAUCGAAAUUCAAGUUUCUGCGGGAACUGGUGGGAGACACAGGAUCUCAGGAGGGAGAUCAUGAGCCGUCAGGCUCUGAGACCGAGGAAGACACUUCAUCAUCUUCGUACAGGAUCAGAUCUGCUCGGCAAAGGAGGGCACCCGCUGAUGAAGGCCACUGACCCUAGCCCUAGUCCCAUACUAGUGAAUGACGAAAGGCAGUGGGGAGCCUCUGUCUUUAAUGACCUGGCUUUGUAGUUUGGUAAAAGAUCGAAGAACAUUUUUACUUGGAUGUUAAGUCCAAUUAAAAGAAAAAGAUUUAUAUGUAAGCCAUAUGAAAAUAAAGGGAAUUAAAACCAAACCAGACCAUUGCAGAUUUCAUCUUAAAGAUAAUCUUUUGCUUCACUAGCUUUCUACUUACAUACUUAACUCUCUGGCUCCCGGGCUUAUUUUCUUGCACUGGUGUGAAUCUGGUAAACAUGACAGGCUUGAGAAAACCGUAUUUUAUUAAUUCUGUAAUGUAUAUUGUAUUUUUGUUUUUGUUUUCACAUUUUACCUUGUCCAAAAUUGGGAUGUGUCUCAUGAUUACUGUGAACCAGGAGAGGUCGUGACGUAAUUAUCGCAGCCUGCGUGGGUGGGAACUUAUUAACGGCUUGUCACAGCAUCGUCACUGUAUUGUUGGUACCAAAUGUGUCAGGUGUAAUUGGCAUUUAAAGAUGUCUUCAAAAAGAUUGCACUAUGAUUCAGCAUUGAAACGAAAAGUGAUUGUGUACGCAGAAAAGCAUGGAAAUAGGGCAGCGGGGCGAACGUUCAGGAUUAGUGAAGCAAAUAUCCGGCGCUGGAGGAGUGACCGCCAUUCCAUAUUUUCUUGUAAAGCAACAACAAAGUGCUUUACAGGGCCUAAGAAAGGAAGAUACCCACAGGUGGAUGAAGCCGUACUACGUUUUGUUAGCGAGAUGCAUGCGAAAGCAUUGCCCGUCACGCGCCAAGCAAUGCGAUCGAAGGCAGGAGAAAUCGCCAAAACCCUGGGGAUAGACGAAACAAAAUUCAAAGCAACCAGAGGCUGGUGUGACCGGUUCAUGCGCCGAGCAGGGUUAUCUCUAAGGGGGCAGACCUCGUUUUGCUCAGAACUUUCAGCUGACAUUAAGCAGAAGAUGGUGGUGGAGCACUCUUUCAAGAAACACCGUAUCCCCAGUGCGUUUGAUCACCCCACGGGUGCUCUUACGUGGACGAAAGCAGACAUCCAUGGCUGUGAUUUGAGAAGUGAUUCAGAAGAGCUGGACUCAGAAUAUGAGGUGAUAGUUAUAACCUAACCAGUUAACUUCAUAUACUUUCUUUUGGGUAUGCACAAGAUUGAUGUGUUAAACAUCUGCUUCACUCUAAAAACCGUUUCAAUAAAUAUAAACAUCCUACGUGGUAUGAAAGCAUUGUGUCAGUUUAAUGCCCGUGUUUUUUCUUAGUUAUAUAUAUGGUGCAUCUUACAAUUGAUGGUAUCUUAGAUAAAAAAUAGCUUGUAAAUUUAUUUUCCCUUGUAAGCUAGAAAUUAUUUAUUGGGGGUACUUAAUCCUGUCUCUUAUAAUGCUGUUAAAAUAGUUAUCCUCGGGAUGCCUGGGUGGCUCAGUUGGUUAAGCGGCUGCCUUCGGCUCAGGUCAUGAUCCCAGGGUCCUGGGAUCAAGUCCCACAUCGGGCUCCCUGCUCAGCGGGGAGCCUGCUUCUCCCUCUGCCGUUCUCCCUGCUUGUGCUCUGUCUCUCUCUCUGACAAAUAAAAAAAUAAAAUCUUUAAAAAAAAAAUAAAAGUUAUCCUCUAUGAGAUACAUUUUUUUUUUUUUUGCAACAUAUUCAAGAUUUUAGAGUAGUGACUUAGCCUUAGAAGUUCUACUUCAGAAGAGCAGGAUUAGUCUCUCUCCCUUUGUAUGGGAGGGCUUCACGCUCAAGGCAUGUGCUGUGGAGAAAGUACUUCUUCCCAGACAAUUCAGUGACAAGACCUCAGAGGUCCUAGGUACCGAGGAUAAAACAGAGUGGGUGAAAAUGCCCGCUUCACUGGAAAAUAACUUGCCGGGUACCCAUGUUUGUCUUCAGUGAACUUUGGACCGAGUGUUCACCAGGGAAGAGAUACGGAUUCAAAGACCCUUCCUGUUUGGUGUUAUCCACUCUGUACAAGACUGAAUUGCAAAGCCAAUUUCUUUUAUGAAUUCCAAAUUCCGUUUUUUUGUGUUUACCCUUUUUUCCCAAAAACUAGCCAUCCCAGGAUAUCACCUCCAUGUUAUGACGGUGUGUAAUUAUGAUACCUCAUACUCCAUGCUGAUGGUUUUGUCAACAGUCCACUUGCAUUCCUGAGGUAUGCCUGGUCCUUUGGAUAUACCGAAAGGGAAUUUAUAGAGCAUGUACUUAGUUUUAACCAGCAGCUGAGAGUGGGGCAUAAUCUUUCAUUUCCAUACUGGAUGCAUUUUUCUAUGAUUCUGUGCCUAUAGGGAUUAACAGAACAGUGACAUAAGUUUCAAGCAUUCAUUUUAGUGCUUCAUACUAGCUGGACAUCAAAACUGUCGUCAGUUAGAAAAAUUAAUGCCUAAAAGCUUCUUGGUACUGGGAGGAUAUUUAAUUAGAUCUUUCAUAGUCUAAAACUUUGAGCUGUGGAUUCUGCUUUAUAGGGAAUACCUUAGGUUUAGGUAAUAAUAGUUGUCGAAAAACCUUAAAUAACCAGUGAGCUUCUAUACUGUUUCAGUAUUAAGGAAUGAUGGCUCAUAUAACCCCACACAACCUGCAGGGGUCAUCCACAAUACUACAAAGAAUCCAUGGAGAGGUGUAUUUGUUGGUAUUAUUUAUUAACCUUUAUGCUUCAAGGAUGUCUUUUUUAGUAGAAUUUAAGGAAAUGUUCUGUUUAUUGGGAAAUAUAUCCAAAAGCAUGUUAAUCGCUCACACCCUACCAUGUUUUAACUCCUCGGAGAGUAAAAAGAAAUCACUGGUGCCAAUAUGAAAAUUCUACAAGCUAAUUCCUUUGUUUAAAACUUGUAUUUUUCUCUUGCGCCCCCCCCCGCCCCCCGCCCAGUUAACACUCAACAUAGUACAUAUUUCUAAGACCACUAAGAAAGGCAAGAAGAAUAUUAACACAGAAUUACUUGUGUGGUAUAUGUUUCUGUUCCUUUGCCUAUUUUGGUGCUUUUGUAGCUGCGCUCAGCCAGAAUUUCCCAAGUACCUUUUCAGUUUCUCAGUGAAAGACUGACUUGCCUGUGAUUAAUUUUGAAGUUUAGAAGGUGCUGAGCAUUAAGAGCACAUACAAGUAUCCGUCUUGUCUGAAUGCUCACAAACAGCGAUGGCGAUUAACUAUGCCAUCUUUUGAGGAUAAAUUCUAAAAUCGAGGACUCUAGCAGGGUUGUUUCAUUUCCUUACCAAUUUACCAUUCCCGCAUCUCUUUGCCUCUGAAACUUUUGUGCAAAUUGCCUGUAUCAAACAUACUGGUUUGCAUUGCUCUGAUUUAAAUGCCAAAAAAACCCGCUAAAUAUUAGUGUGGCACUGUUAAGUGAGGUUUUUAAUAUAUUCAUUAAGCUAAAAAUAGAAUUCAUCCAAUGGAUUUUGUAGUGUUGUUUUCAUGGUGGAAACAUUAAAUACAUUGUUUUCGGUGAAUAGCUAAUUCACAUAUGUGCUGACCCAUUUCUUUAGAUGAUACUAGGUUUAAAAACCACUUCCAGUUGUUGCUUUGCUGAAAGGUGGGAAUAUAUUUGCCGAGAGGUGGGUGAAGCAUGUUAAUGAUUUCACAAAAUGUUAUUUUAAACCAAAAUGUGUUGAAAGAUUUGAAAGUGGUGCAUUUUUAUUUUUAGGAGCAACCUCUUUUGAAAUUAUUUUAAGUCAACAGUGCAGUAAUUUUUAAAGUCUGUCUUUCUUACAAGGUAUGUUUUAAUGUAACAUGUAGCCAGUGUAACUUUAGAUUUUUGACUGGUAAACUUCAAGUGCUUUUAUAUUUGAAGUUGACUUUAAAAAGCCAAUGAGCAGUACUCAAAGGUUAUAGACCUUCAAGCAACUAAUGGAAUAGUACUUUGUUACUGAGUCUAGAAUUAAAGCAAUUUGUAUGGUCUGCUUUUAAAGUAUCCUAUAGCUUUUAAAGCAAAGAAUAACAUUUAUCUUAAAUUAAUAAAAGUUACAUUUUCCAUUUG